CAGCUCGGCGUCACACGGUCACGAGGUGGUGGUCAGGUGCUUCGGAGUGCCUUCUGCUCUCAGAGUCUCAGUCACCGUGUGCGCGAUUCAGCGGGUGAGUUCGCGUUCGUUCGACCCGGCCUCAACUCCGACCUCCAGGAUGACGGGUGGAAAGCCGAGCAGCAGCACGUACCUCGCGCUGUUCGCCGUCGUCGUCGUCCUCUGUCAUUUCGACCGCUACGCCCGCGCCUGCACGCCCGCCGUCAUCUGGUGCCCGCACGAGUCGCCCGACUACGAAACGGCGCACAGAGCGUCGCCGUCGAGCCCGCUGCAGAAGCUGACGUCCGAGGAAUUCGAGAGCAGCCUGGCGCAGUUCAACGUCACCGAACCGGUGCUCGUCGUCGAGGAGCUGUGCGUCGAGGAUCUGCGGAACAGCAAGGUGCUGUCAAACACCACCAACGGUUCAAAAAUAUUUUACUUCCCGUGUGUCAUCACACCGGACGCGGUCUCCCGAAAGGUCUACAAGGAGAUAAGAACGGUGGAGGACAUAAACGAUGAUCACGAGUUCAAUAUGGCCCUCAAGGACGUCGAUUCGAGCGGGUGUAUGAUGCUCACGGGAAAGCAGUGUCGUUACAGCUACACCGAGCGGAUAAAGAGGGAUGCACCCGAGGACAAUUCUACCGAGUUCAAGAUAAAAACAGACAGAGUCAUUAUGUACUCCGCUCAGCCACUGACGUUCAAGCUAUCCGAAAAUUCCGAGGAGGUGAAACUUGGUCCGUCCAAGUUCUCCGGAGCAUCGGAUUACACGGACAAGGACAAAAAUGUCACCCUGACCCUCAGGUUCACCAAUGUCGAGAACAUCGGCAGUCUGACGCUCGAGUUCUUGUUCGCGAUCAGGAGCAUCGGCUACUACACGCUGAACAGAGUGAAUUACGAGAUAAACAAUGAACGAUACAAGCUGUAUACCAGGCGGGCCAUCUCCUUCCCGUUCAAUUUCUCUUACCAUUGCUCGCCGAAAACUGCCUUCGUAAACGGCAGCACGUACUUAAACAUCGCGGACAUGCAGGUGCAGAUCGAUCCGAAGAACGCGACGUUCAGCGACGCGUACGACUGCGUCGGUUUUACCAGUAUACCGAUUUGGACGGGGAUAUUCGUUACGGCGAUCCUGGGCGUGAUCAUGAUAUGGGCGCUCACUAUGAUCAUGGAUAUCCGCACGAUGGACAGAUUCGACGAUCCUAAAGGGAAAACUAUCACGAUCUCCAGCGCGGAGUAGGAUAAAUAGUACUAAUAAAGGAAACUUAUGAUGAAAUUAUAUUAUAGGUAUCGAAUACUCGUGCGAAACCUAUUAUCACACAUAAUGUCGCGUCGGUUGUUCACGUCGACGAUUAUCGUGAACGUACGAUUCCCCCGACUUGAAUGUCGUUUUCACAGGAACCGAGAGAGUAUUGAGUAGUAAUAAUAAUACUAGUCUCAUUAUAUACGGACUUUCGCUCGAUGUAUAAAUAUCAUUCCUUUGUAUAUUAUCUUACUUUCGAUAUUUAUAUAUUGUUCGCUGUUUGUGUGAUACAACGGUUACAAACUUCUUAUGUUACUUCUUAUGCGUAUAGAAAGUUAUAAGAUCCUUCAUAGAAGAACUAAGAAUAAUGGCGCUGGCACAAUAUAUACCAUAUUAAAUAAAGAUACAAAGUGUUCUUUUAAACAAUAACAAAAUGUAAUAUGCGAUAGAGAAAGAAAGUUGUAUAGCCGUGAGGACUCACAGUAAAAAUGAAACAGCUGCGUUAUUGUCUGUUAUAGCGCAAUGUAAUGUUUGUUAUCUCAAAAAUGAUAGUAAAAAAAAGAGUGGAUUGUGAACGAAGAACUGUCGACUGUAAACGAAUAAUUUCUACUUAAUAAAAGUCUCUAUGAACAGACCUUACGCCUGUACAAGUUUCCUUGUUAAUAAAAAAGUUUGUAAAAAAUAUGUAACAUAAGCUAUAGACGUUUAAUAUAAUGUUUAAGGAAAGUA